AUGACAGAAGUCCUCAAUCCACGCCGCCAGCAACAAACCUCCUCCUCCUCCUCAGACUCACCAUCACGAGAACGUCCCCGUCCUCCCGCUCUCAAAACAAGCCACUCCGCUCUGCGCUCCAUCAACCGCCCAUCUAACGUCCGACGAAUAUCCAACCGCGUAUCCAUCGCCGAACCCGCACCCAAGUCCGACUUCGAAACCCAACUCAACGCAGAACCCAUCACAUCUUCCGUCCCUCCAAACCCAGCAACAGACAAUGCCACCAACGCAAAACCUCCACCCGAUAGUAACCUCGCCACAACCGCAAACCCCAUCGCCCACACCGCCUCCACCCUCAAAAUCGCCCAAACCCUGCACUCCUCCCUCUCCUCCCGACUGCAGCUGCACGUCACCACCACGCCCUGGGCAACCCGCAACAUCCUCACCCUCGACGGCGGCGGUAUAAAAGGGUACUCCUCUUUGAUCCUUCUGCGCACACUAAUGCACGAAAUCGCUGCGCUCGAGCAAUCUCUCCACCCACCGGCUUUUUGCUCUGCUGACCCGACGGGAAACGAGAAUUACUACUUUACUGAAUCUGACGAAGCAGAGGAUCGUCACUUUUAUAGUGGUGUCGGGACGGAAAUGGGGAUGGAGAUGCUGGACUGCGAGAGGGCGGGGAAGCUAAGAAAGGGAAAAAGGAAAGUGCAAGUGGGUGAGUUAAAGGUCGAUGUCCCACAGGGGACAAUGAGACAGGGGGAGUACUUGCCUAGUCAUUAUUUUGAUUAUAUUGCGGGCACGUCGGUGGGGGGGUUGAUUGCGAUUAUGCUGGGGGUGAUGGAACGGACGGUGGAAGGGUGUUUGGAGGAGUUUAGGAAUGGAGGAGAGGGAAGGAGUAGUAGAAGGGAUGGGAGGGGGUUGCCGGUGUUGUUUUUGGAGAUGGAGGAGGAUGCAGCUGCUGCAGCGGAGGAGGAGGAGGAGGAGAAGCAGGUUGAUGUGGGCGAUGGAGGGAGUCAAAGUCAAAAGAGGGAGGCGGAAAGCAGCAGCAGGGCGGAAGGAAGAAGAAGAAGAAGGAGGGUGAUUAGUUUCCCGGGUUUGAGCGGCACUUUGGAGAUUCCGCUGCCGGGGUUUCAUGGUGGUGCGGAUGCCUCUAGGGAGAAGGAUAAGAGGAGGACGACGUGGCCGACCAAGAAGAGUAGAGCGUGGUUUGACACGUUUGCCAAGUUCAGUGUGACUAGUACGGACUUGACUGGUGCUGGGACUGGGACUGGGACUGGGAGCGGGAACAAUACCGUUGCCUCACGAGCAAUCGUUAGCGACAGCGAGGAUACUUCGCCGACGACCAAACGGGCGGAUACGAACAACACCGUCGCCUCCAGUUGCUCGAACACGACAACCAGCAGUCCGACCUCGUCGAUUUCUUUCAAGAAAACAUCCUUUCAAUGCCAGACCCUGGCCUGGUGCAGCGAGAUCGACGCGGCCACUCCCACAGAACGACACCCUUAUGCGUUCUGCACGUACGAAGAAGUCCUCGUGGCCGACGGUUCCGACGAAGAAGGCAAAGUCCCUUCGAUCCCCGAAGUUGCCAAAGCCAUCACCACCCCUUCGGACUCUUCACAAUUCAAGCCGUUCAAGCUCCCCGCCAUCGGCCAAUUCGUCGACGGCAGCAAGGAAAUCCGCGACCCGACUCUGCCGGUCCUCAAGGAGAUUUCUUCCCUGUUAGGCGUCGACGCCCACGGAACGUUGGCUCUCCGCCAAUAA